GAGAAGACGGAGCUGCGGCCGAGAGGAUGCAGUGAAGAGCCUCCGAUCUCCAGGCCGGCUUUCAUAUACUAUAACGAGGAAGAUGAGCUUGAUCCAGGCCGGGCACGACGGCAGGGUAGACGGCGGCACUGGCGGCGGCUCCCCGAGGCUCCAGCAUUGCGCGCAGCCUCCCAGCAGCAGCAGCACCAUCACCACCACCAGCACCACCAGCAGCAGCAGCAGCAGCAGCAGCAGCAGCAGCCGGACCAAAGAUGCCAGAUACCAGCUCCAGCAGCAGCAGAGGCAUCACGGUGGGUCGAUGCUGAAACAACCGUCUCUCAACGAGCCGGCCGACGUCGUGAGACGCGCACUGGACUUCAAGUGCCAGGGCACCCAGUGCUACAAGGAUAAGAAGUACCGAGAGGCGAUCGGCAAGUACCACCGCGCUCUGCUGGAGAUCAAGGGGCUGUGCAGGGUGCUGGGGGAUCCGGACACCGGCUCCACCCCGUCCCCCCUCCUGCCCACCAUCAGCAAGUCCAGCAGGCUGACAGAUGAGCAGAAGGGAGCCAUGGAGAACGCAGAGCUGGAGUGUUACAACAGCUUGGCCGCCUGCCUGCUGCAAAUGGAGCUGGUGAACUACGAACGGGUGAAGGAAUACUGUCUGAAGGUGCUUCACAAGGAAGGGAAGAACUUCAAGGCCCUGUACCGAUCCGGAGUGGCCUAUUACCACCUAGGAGACUUCCAGAAGGCCCUGUACUACCUGAAGGAGUCACACAAACAGGAACCGUCAGACACCAACGCCAUCCGCUACAUCCAGUUGACAGAGAUGAAGAUUCGCCGGAAUGCCCAAAGGGAAAAGAAGGAGGCCACAUAAGCACUGGCUGUCUGAUGACUUCUCACCCGAAACUAAUUUCAGCCCAACCGUGUGCCACCCAGACCUUACACACCAUGAGUCAGAGGUCUUGGUGUGAAAAGAUAUUCGUUUGCUUUUGCCUUGCACAACAUCCAGGUUGCCAGUUAUGUGAUUGAACUUCAUUGUUGUGUGCUUGAAGCAUUUUUUCUUCUUCUUUUAAAAUUUAAAUCGCACCUGAUGCUGAGUGUCUGUCUCCAAAAAACGCCAAAAUUGCUCUAGUAUGAAUCCAUCCCAAGCAUUUUUUUUAACCAUUACAAACUGAUGCACUGCCAGUCCAAACAUUGCACAUACAGGCCGACACUUGUGAUAGAGACGGGAGCAACAAGUUCCUCAGAGUGAGUCCAGCAUGUCUGCAGGCGAGCGUAACUGCAAAUUAGCACGUUCCCUCGCACAAGAUGUCUCUUAAAGGGCACGGAGUAAAUGAGUAACAACCACCUACACCACCAUACUUUGAUUUUGAAAGUACAACAAAAGAUACGGUUUUUUUUAUACUCUCGAUUAUAUCUGAAGUAAAGGUGCUUUCAUUAAGGAGGUUUCUAACUCAGAACGUGUCGGCAAGAACAUCAAGAGCACAAGGGUGCUAAUUGCAGUAGGAACUUAAGAGACAUAUCACAACAUGUAAAUAGGCUACUUUCUAUGGAUCACGAAAAAUAUAAUGGAGAGACAAGCUAUUUGUGUUUAUUGA